CCUCUGUAUUCCAUCCCCAGGCGUUUGGAUGUAGCAUCUGCAUUCAGGCAGCAGCACUAUGUCGAGACAAAGCUGCAGUCGCCGGGUGCCAGCUCUCCCCCUCGGCUGCCUGCCCUGGAUCUCUGGCUUCUUGUUACACACUGCGACUCUCCUGAGCACGGAAUUGGGAUUUACACAAGGGCUGCAGGUGACAUCCACGGGCCCACAGACCCUCCAGAGGGCGGAGGGUGAGAGUGUGAUCUUGGGCUGCAGCUUCACACUGAGCCCCUUUGACAGCGGAGAACUUGACAUCGAGUGGUCGGUGGUCAGUCCAGACACCACGAAGAAAGAUCAGAUGCUGCUGUCCUACACCAGCGGCACUGAAUACAUGCAUGGUAACGACGCUUUUGCACACGGGCUCCACUUUGCCGCUCCUGACCCCUCGAGAGGGGAUGCUUCACUAUCAAUAGCUGCGCUGUCACCUGCUCAUAGUGCGACCUACCAGUGCAAGGUGAAGAAAUCACCUGGAGUGGACACGCGCAAGGUGUCACUGGUGGUAAUGGUGAAGCCGUCUGUGCCUAAGUGCUGGGUGGAGGGGGGGGAGCUGCUGGGAGAAGCUGUGGCUCUGCACUGUCAGUCUGCACGAGGCUCCACUCCCUUCACAUACUCAUGGAGGAGAGAGAGCGUGGGCCCCAUCCCCGAUACAGCCACGCAGAACAGUGUGACCGGCGAGCUGAGAAUCAGCAACCACUCGCAGAGCUUGGCAGGAGUCUACCUUUGUGAGGUGAACAAUGCUGUUGGAGCCGAGCGCUGCAGGAUCAACCUGAAGGCAAACAAACCUCCAAACAGAGCAGCGGUGAUAGUCGGCACCGUUGUGGGCUCCCUGCUCCUCAUCCUCAUCCUGCUGGUCUUCAUCGGGCUCCUCUACUGGAGGUUGAGCCGCAGAUUCCGCUUUGAGAAGGAAUUCUCCAAUGAGAUCAGAGAGGACGUCCCUCCUCCCGAGAGCCGUCCUGCCAGUCGCCACACGAGCCGGAGCGUCAAUCAGCACCCACAGGUGACCUACAGUCCGGUGGGUGGGGGUGGGACAGAAGUGAGCUCUCUCAGUGAAGUACCCACACAUCCGCCCUCGUGCUCCACACCAGUCGAAAGCAAACCGCUCGAACACGGCGGCAGGAACGGAUACGCAGUUUGAACUGAACUGAGAGGUAUUAACUUCAAGAAGUCCAGAAAGUUUGUGAAGUUGAAUUUGAAAAUGAAAGUUUCAGAGUUUCGUGAACGGAACUCAAAGCUGUGCAAUGUGAAUUAUUAAAAAAAAUUUUUUUUCUUCUAUUGCUAAACAAUUCAGGAGCGACUGUGGACGUCGCUGAUCAUGACAAAAGCUUAAGUUAU